GCCUAAGCGCACAUGACAAGCAAAAAACGCACAAAGAAAACCAUGCGGAGAAGAAUGAGCGUUGCUCGCCCAUUACUAGCGGAAUGAGUAUGUGGAAAACAGAAAAUAUACACGAGUAUAGAGAGGAAAAGAGCAUAGUGCCCCUGCCUAAGCGCACAUGACAAAGCCAAGACAGUCACCACGGACGUCGCGAAGAGGCCUUUUCCCGAGCCAUCACAGACGCUAAGCACACCGGGGGGUACUCGGGGAAUACCCUCUGCUGAGGGGCAAUUUUUGGGGGCAUGGCCCGGGUCCAUCUCCUCCAACAAGCGCACACUCACCACCCCAAGAAAGAUAAGAUGAUGCUAAGGGAAAGAGCGACCCAAACACUCAUACUAGCGAAAAAUAUUAUUCCGCGAGUACUCAGAGAAGGCGCGCCAGAGAGCGGCGUGACACGGAGAGCAUCAUCUUUCCCAGACGGACAGGGCAGGCCGCGCCGCUCACCAAGGGAGGCGACUUCCACGCAACAACACUGCCCGCGCAUAAAAAGUUGAGACUACACCGUGUUACUUACAAAGCUGCCACGUCUUACUUGUAGACCUCAUCAUAUCCUAGCCUUCUGUCUCUUCCAAAUGUCAUGUCAGCUCGAAAGCCCACCCACCGGAAGUAGCCUAUAAAUAGCGCAUUUACCAGGUGGGUGAGGGAAUUGAUUUCCAAAUUCUCUCCCUAGAAAGCAAGGAACUUCUUGACUCGACUCUACUGUCACCCUAGGAAUUGGCCAAGUGGAACCACUCCCUAAAGCGUAGUAUAGCGGGUUUGGGUUUAAUUAUCAACCCGGGUCCUAGAUUUGAUGACUACUCAGUGAAUUCUUGUUAUCUAGCAAUGAAACUUUAAUGCAAGUCUAAACUAUCAAACUAACAAAGCAAGUAAACUGGUUGUAUUCAGGUUAAAGAGGUCACCCGGAUAUGGUUCCCCCUAGACUGCAGUUAAGCCGGAUUGUAAUUACCAAGUUCAGUUUCUAUGAACAUUAUACUGCGGAAGGUUCUUAAACAGUCUGAAGUCUCGACUAAAGGUCUUCAGACCCUCUCAAUCUGAAUCUCUAGCGGGCGACUAACCUCCACCGGAGUAGACAGAUUGAGGCCCUAAGAACAAAACCUCCACUACCGGGGUAAAUCCGGUACAGAAUAGUGAGUUGGCUCCUCGACUAAAGUCACCAACUCCCUACCUUCAAUCAAGGAUACUCUAUUAACCUAGGCAGAUAUUCUCAUUCUAUGUUAAAGCAGAAACAACAGGAAUUUGAUCAGGAUUCAAGUCAUUCAAUCAUUAAAACCUCAAUCGAAUAUAAUCAAUCACAGAAUCAGUACUUGGGUUCAUACAAUCAAAGCCUAACAUACAAAUCUAGGGUUCUCCAUACCCAGAUGAAUGGGAGAACUACUCCAUAGAGAAGAAAGCAAAAGCAGAAUCAGACACGGAAUUCAUACUACGAAGGAUGGAUUCCUGCUUCUGGACGUUGAUUGGCACUUCUCCAAGCUCAAGCUGGCCUCCAAUGGUGUUGAAGAUCAAUCUAGGGCACUUGGAGACUCUUGUUCGUCGCUUUCUCUCUCUAGGAAUCGCUCUCUUACUCAAAAACUCGAAUCCCCCCGAAUUGUGGCUGAAAUUCUGCUUAAAAGGAGAAAAUCCCGACUCACACGGCCAGGGUGGCACGGCCGUGCAGCUCACCCAGUUGCCCGUGUGAGUCAAAACGCAUCGUUUCAUUUAGUUCGAAUUCCAGGCUCUUUGCACGGCCAGAAUGGCACGGCCGUGUGGACAUCCCCUCUUGCCCGUGUUUGCUCUCGCAGAAUGUGGCACGGCCAACCCGGCCACUUGCACGGCCGUGUCGAUCCUCUGCUCUGCCCGUGUGUGCUCUCGGCAAAACUCGCACGGCCAGGCCAUUACUUCACACGGCCGUGCGAGUUUCAAGGCAGCCCGUGUGACCUCCCUUGUGACUUGUCUCGCGCCCGAUCUUCACCCAAUCGACCCCGAACUCGCUCCUAAACCUUCAUCACUUGCCAGGACCUGAAAUAUCACAAACAAGCACAACCUAGCGUGAAAUCGGUCUAAAACACGAGAAACCACCUCUCAAACGGUGUAAGAACAGGGGUGAAAACAUGUGUAACUAACGGUCUAUCACUUCUCCCUCUAGAAUUGGUUCCAAGCUCUCUCUCUCGAGCUUUCUCACUUGUAAUCUCAGAAAAAGUUAAGGAUAAAAGUGGAAGCUUUUCCAUUUUCACUCGCACCCCACUCUUCUCGUGUCUCACUCCUACACUCCAUUAAACACAAACACAUCUAAUUUUAAAAAUACAUAGAGGUACUUAGAACGAACGUAAGUAAUUACCUCCUGAUCGCUGGUGUUCAAGGGAUAAUAAGAGGUUCCAAAAAUGAUUAAAAAAAAUAAUCUUAAAGGUAAGCAACUUAAGACAGUUAGUUAGGAACCAAAAAAAGGAUUAGGCGGGGAGGGAGAGGACGUGCUCUGAACAAUGAACGGACAAGCCUCUCCACACCACCACUCUACUUACUACCAAGUAGCACUAAUAGUUGUAGGCCUAAUGUAUGCCUAAUAAGCAAGGUUGUCAAUUUGUGGGUUGACCCAAUUUGAUUCUGACCCGAUAAGAAAAAUGGGUUGCACGCAUUCGCCGGGUCAAUCGCAACAAGGUAUUGGUUGGAGAUUAAAUUGUGUCUUUUUUUCUUUGGUUUGCGAAAUGUGCCUAUUUUUCGAUAUUUCUUUCCGUCUAACUCAAUCUUUGGAAUCCUUUGUUGAACAUUUGAAUAUUUAUGUUAUAUAAGUGUGUGUGAAUUUUUACUAUAUGUUGGAUCUAAGUACGACAUGUUACUUCUGUGUAAUGUUAUAUGUUAUUACUCAUAUGUUAGAUGGGAUUUGAUAUAAUCUAUAGGAUAAGUACAAUAUAAUGACUCUUUCCAUAUUUCCGGGCUAAAACGGUUGACCCGUCAACCCUUAACUCAUUAGCUCGACCGAGUCACGGUCAACCCACGGGUUGACAACCUUGCUAAUAAGUAAUAAUGCUUCUCUGCAUGGUUGUCAUGCCAAUUUUAUGACCGGUAUGACAUCUAUUUACGAAUUUUAAUUAGAUGAUAUUAUUUUAGUAAAUAUAAUUAAUAAAAAAUAAAUUAAGUAGAUAUUUGAUGAAUAUAAAAAUAAAAAAUUGAUGUAAUUUUUUGGUUUCAAGUAUAAACAUUUAAAUAUUGU